AUGGUGAAGCAAUUUACCGAUUUUGAAAUUUUUGAAGAAGAAUAUUACGACUUUGCGGAUUUUCUAGCGCUGGAAUUGUCCGAUCAAAGGAGGAAAGAUAGAGACAACAAAAAAUUAAGGAUGUCUCGAAGAUACCGAGUCCCGAAUUUCUUCAUCAAAUCCAGCGAAAAAAUCAGCCUUGGACGGGCAAAACGCGCACAAGGAAAACGAAUUGAAAAAGAAUUCGUCAAAAAUCCUUAUUACUAG